UCUUGAGUGUUUCUGAUGAUAGUGUUUUUGUCCCCCUACAGGCCCGAGAUGUGCGCAACAGUGAGGUGGUGGCCAUUAAGAAAAUGUCGUACAGCGGCAAGCAGACAAACGAGAAAUGGCAGGACAUCAUUAAAGAGGUGAAGUUCCUGCAGAAACUUCGCCACCCGAACACCAUCGAGUACCGGGGCUGUUACCUGAAGGAGCACACAGCAUGGCUGGUGAUGGAGUACUGCCUCGGCUCGGCCUCAGACCUCCUCGAAGUUCACAAAAAGCCGCUCCAGGAAAUGGAAAUAGCUGCUAUUACCCAUGGUGCACUGCAGGGAUUAGCAUAUCUUCACUCGCACAACAUGAUUCACAGGGAUGUGAAAGCGGGGAACAUCCUGCUGACAGAGCCCGGACAGGUCAAACUGGGGGACUUUGGUUCUGCUUCCAUCGUGGCGCCUGCCAACUCCUUCGUAGGGACUCCCUACUGGUGA